AUCCCUGCAAGAGGUCUUGGUGGAACUUUGCAAGAUGGCUGUGUUGAUGGGGUUGCCGAGCGCUUGCUGGCCCAAGUCGUCCGAUAUUGCUACGACACGGGCGUCAGAACGGGGGCAAUCCUUACAGGAUCUAUGCUGAGGGUCAUCGACAUCGAUGGAGAUGCGUCGGAGGCAAUGCAAAUCACCUUGCGAACACCGAUCAUUGCGGCCCCCUAGCGCUCGUGAGCUUCAAGCAAGUCUUCCUCGGCCCGCUAUUGAAUCAAGAUACAGCAUGCUCGCGCAGCUUGUCGCGUUCACACUUCACGCAAUGGACCGUGCCCAGCGCCUUGAACCACGUCCACCUCCCAGGGAUACGACGCGGAUGGUCGCAACUUGGGUCACACAGCACUCUCCAAUCCAGCAAGUAUCAUGGCCCCAAGGUCAGGUUCAGCCUGGACCUGUCACGCGGUCGCGCGUGACUUCUGCUAACCAGAAUGGUGGCUGCAGGUCUUACCAGGAUAAAGCAGACCUUGCCAAAGAUCCGGGCCACGGCGUUUCGAGAUCGACACAAGCUGUCUUCAUCGUCGACCGGCCUCUGUUCCGUGGAUUGUGCGCAACUGUACACAGCGCCUCGUGCGAAGGCGCGGCUCAUAAGCUUCUUGCAAAAGUUUAUCGGCUGCCGCACCCAGACGAGGUGGACCUUAUGGACUUCACUGAGGAGCAAAUCAACGAGGUACAGCUCGAAUCGAUUGCACGUCAUGAGGCCACGAUUUACGGACUUCUCUGGGCUGUCCAAGGCGCUUGCGUGCCUCGCCUCCUGGCCACGCUUUCACGUCGGCCUGAUCAUUGGAGAGUUGCGCAAGAGCCAAGCAAAGAGUCCUGCUGCUGGACAUCAACACCUCCACUAUCAGCGUCCAACAUCAGCUCGCCGUCGCUCACAGACUCCCCUGGGUCCUCCAAGAAGCUUGGUACCAACACACCUGCCCCAAGCGUGGAAGUGCAUGCACUGUUACUUGAGGAUGUCGGCAAAGUUCUGGCCUCUCACACUUUGAAAGAUUUGCAGCACACGCUUGCUACCUGUGGCUACACGCAGGCACUUUCUGGCAGCUCCUCAAAAGAAGUGCAGGACAAAGCUAUUGGCGCCAUCCAAGCUGUUUUUGUGCAUUCUGCUCAACAAAUACACAAAUGUGGUGUCCUUCACCGAGAUGUGGCCGCAAGAAUUCUGUGUCUCAGAGUGGUCGAUGGGACGUUGCAAGGCGUCUUCUAAACUUUCACAUGGCCUGUCCCGUGAACACGUUCGACCAACCCAAGGAAGCUUUCGAACAAGAAAUAAAGAACGUCAGCGACGAGUUAGAGCGUACGCUGCUA